AUGGGCUCUGCUCUGUCCGUGGAUGAUGGUCGAACGCCUGUCCUGGAGGAGGACGAGGAGCAGGAGAGGAAAAUUUGGGAAAGCUUCCUGCCCACGAUCUGGCAAGAUGGACAAGCUGCGGAUGUUUUUUCGAGCAGUGUUCACGAACCUUCUCUGCCGGCAGCAACUGAUCCCGAAGGCGGAGCUUCAGAAUCAUGGGUGAGCACUGGCAGCAGCGUUCCUGAUUUUUCUCGACAGCCCGUAGCAUCACAGUCCGUGGCACCUGCUCCAAAAGAAACAGCUGCAGAGACACGGUUGAGCACUUGCAGCAACCCUCAUUCUCCCCGACCGCCAGCAUCAGAGUCCGUGGCACCUGUUCCAAAAGGAGCCGCAGAGACAUGGUUGAGCACUGGCAGCAACGUUCCUGAUUCUUCCCGACAGCCGGCAGCAUCACAGUCCGCAGCAACGGCUCCAAAGGGGAGUGUUGCAGCAGCACCCCAAAAGAGUCCAGGACCUUCCAUGGUCGGUGGCAAAAACGCUUCAUCUUCAGCCUCGGGAGGUCAGCCAAAGGGGCUCCGAGACCGGAUAGCCUUUCCUGCCUUUGAUGAGAUACCUGAUGAAGACGACAUCGAUCAUAAGCACUACCUUGUCAACGUCGACCAGAUGGUAUUAGCGUGCAGGCACUGGUGCCUACUUGGCCAGAUUGACGACGCUUACUUUUCUAUCGGCAGGUUGCGGAUGGUUGCACAGGAUCGGACCGGCCGUGACUUCAAGGUGCAUGUUCACAUUGAAGAACACACGUCCACCCUCAGGCUUUUGGAUAUAAAGAAAGGCAACGUGAUCGCACUCAUGAACCCAGAGGCACAUCGUUUCUUAGACUUUACAACUGGCAUCAAGCUGAAAGCGCCCGACUCAGCCUUUGUUUUUCGUUCGUCCUUGACGCGUUUAGUGGAGGAAGGUCGAAAGAUCUUGAAAUUGCAGUUCUGCUUUCAAUGCGGCAACCCGGCGAGGGAGAGUUGCAACAGAUGCAGUGUUGCCCAGUACUGCAGCCCAACCUGUCAGCACAAGCAUUGGCAAGGAGGUCACAAAGAGCUAUGUUCUCAGAUGCUCGUGCUUAGGAAUCUGCUGGAUGCGGACCUUUCUGUCCCGCCACAUCAGCAAUACCACUCUUUCCGCUCUUUGGCAUCCACUCGCAGCAGUGAGGGUGAAGUUUGCUUGGGAGACUUGCCUCGGCCAUGCUGCUGCGGCUUCCAGGACAAAGAGCUAAGCAACAGCGAAGAAUGCCUUGCGACAGGGUUGGGCAACCACCUGGACUAUCCUCCCGCCUCCUGCCUUCCACAGAGCGAAGAUCCCAGUCAGCAGUUCUACUACGCGGCUGAUGGAGUGCCUCAGCGCCACUGGGCAAUCAUUGCUGAGGUGGAUGAUGUUGCUCAGGAUAGACUGCUUGUAGAAACGCGGUUUGGCGAGCAGGUGCAUGUGAUAGCCAGUUCUGAGUCUGGAUGGGACAAGUGCAGGUGGAGACCCGGCCACUGCCUUAUUGCAUUCUACGCUGCUCGUACUGGGAGGCUGCAGAAGGGUGUGGUAGAAGUUGUUGUUGCCGAGAAGCACGCGUUGCAAAUCCGCACUGAGACUGGACUUUCAGGCUUGCUCAAUGCAGAAGCAGGGGUCCUUGCGGAGCUUCCAACACGUGAGCCAGACGCCAACGACACCUGCAGGAAACUUCGGGUUUGGCGAGAAGUGAUCUCCAAGAACGAGAAGAUGCAAAGCCUUCCUGAUGAAGAUGUACGGCUGUUGAAGUAUUUAACCUACCUUCAAUUCAUGGGCUGCUUCAGGCGGUUUGAAGGAGGAGAAGGAGUGCAUGGCAGGUGGGAUGUUUCUUACCUGGCUAAGAAAGCCAGAGCUGCUUCUGACGUGAUGUUCAUGGUGAGCGGCUCUGAUCUCAUUCUCGGUGCAACCCCUCUCGCGGCAGACGCAGCGUGCGAAGCUCCGAGCAAGAACCAGCCAGUGCCACCACAGGCCCCCGUUGUCAUUGAGACAACAGGGGCUGGCAAAUCCAACGGCCGCAAAUACACAAAACCCGAGGCCUUUGCCGAUGUUCGAGCACUCAUCGCCCAGCACCCUGGAGGACUUCCUGGCAGCAAGCUCCAAGAAGCCUUCCAGGCAUGUCAUGGUCAUCAGCUGAGGCCCAAAGCUCUGGGCUUCAACUCGUGGCGAAAGCUCCUUGAUGCUUGCCCCGGCAUCAAAGUCCUCGGGGGAGCAGGGCAAGAUAUGCUCGUCUGCCUGAAGGACUCAGUGCCCUCAAGUCCUGGCCCACUUGCAGAUGUUCAGCUAGAUGUAAAGCAUGACUUUGGUCCUUUGCGUCUUAAGCCGAGUGCCAUUGGCUUUACACAUGACAGCAUCAAUCAGCGGUUUCAAGAUGGACGGCUAGUGAGGGAGACAUUGCGUCAGCUGCGCGACAAGGAGAUCGAGCCUAGCAUCAUUCCUGUGAUCCAGGUUUGUCACCAUGCUGCGAACAUGUACAGCAGUCGCUUUUGGACGUACACUGGCAACCGUCGGCUUUGGGUUUUCAGGCAACUGGAAGAUGAGGGCUUGAUACAGGAGAUUGAUGUCUUGUUCGUGGAUAAGACGGUGCCUAGCUUUCGCAUGACAACCAAGAAUGGUGGCAAAUCGCUGCGACUUCGCGGAAAGUAG